AAACACCAGAAACGACUCGACGAGUUUUCUUACCAAGUCAGUGUGUGCUGUGUGUGUGUGAGAGACAGAGAGAGCAGGAGAUAGAAUGACGUGGUGCGCCGCCGCGAGAUCCUUACAUAUGCCGGCGAUCGACGUGGGCGCACUGCGCAAUCGAGCUACUCUGGCCGUCGGCAUCGGCGUCGUAUCGAUGGCGGGCUUCAGCUUGUGGCGAUCAUCGUCUUCGUUCUCGUUGCGAUCGAAGCCCUUCGCUUUCUUAGGCAUUUCAACCAGUGCGAGUGUAAAGGAGGCUGUUAUGACUGACAAGGCUCCAGCUGCAUUGGGACCAUAUUCUCAGGCCAUCAAAGCCAAUAACCUUCUUUUUGUGUCUGGUGUACUGGGUCUCAUUCCAGAGACAGGGAAGUUCAUCUCCGAGAGUGUAGAGGACCAAACAGAGCAGGUUUUGAAAAAUAUGGGGGAGAUUCUGAAAGCGAGUGGUGCCAACUAUUCCUCGGUAGUUAAGACCACAAUCAUGUUGGCUGACUUGAACGACUUCAAGAAAGUGAAUGAAAUUUAUGCUAAAUACUUUCCCUCACCAGCUCCAGCUCGUUCAACAUAUCAAGUGGCAGCAUUACCGUUGAAUGCAAGAAUUGAAAUCGAGUGCAUUGCAGCCCUCUGAUAUCCUUACCGAUUGCCGGAAGUUGGAAUAUAAAGCUCAAGUAAAUAAGGUGCAAGGUCAAGGUGGCAUCUCUCGGCGUUGAGUUUUGGAAAUCUGGUUUUUGGACUUGAAAAAAAAAAAAUUUGUUUAGUGAGUUUAGAGACCGGUCGUGGAAUCUUUGGAUGUUCAAAUCUCAUUUUAUGAUGCCUUCAUGCUGAAAUUGGUGCCUCGUUUUGUGUCGAGCUGUGCUACGUGCAUAGACUGCUGUGCACAGCAGCUGUACACGAAUCAUUUCUGUUUUGUGUCACAAUAACAUGAUUGAACUUUUUUAACAAUGCCUAUUCCAAUUUCUAUUCCUCA